GCUCCCAUUUGAAACCGACCUUCAACCCAUGCCUCUGCAUGUUGGGAGGAAACCAGUGAGCAACAGCCAUAUUCUUCUAGCUUUGUGUGUGUGAGAGAGAGACCGAAGAGAGAGAAAGCAUAGUCCUGUACGUCCUAAAGCCCACUAAAAAACCUCUCUAACAAGGCCUAGUCUGCUUCUCUACAUCCAUACAGGGCGGCAUGAGCCACUGACCACUGGCUUAGAGAGAGAGAGAGAGAGAGAGGGAGGGAAGAGCAUGGGGAAGAAACAGGGAAAGAAGCAUGGGAAUAAUCAAAGGCGACCGUCUCGCUGUGUAGAAGAAGAUUCUCUCCCUUCUUCUGCCUAUGACCCAAACCAGAGAGAAGAAGAAGAAUCAGAAGAAGAGAGAGAAAAAUCAGCAGAAGAAGAAGGAGAGCAUAAUGGUCCUUAUUCGGAAGAUAAUCCUUCAAAGUUCCUCCUCUAUCAAAAGUCUGUUCAGUCACCAAAGGGAGAUAUUAGUUACCUGCAGAAGUUCUUUCUUACAUAUAUUGGGGGUCGUUUCCCGCUUCAUCUGCGAGAGGAUUUUUGUGGAACAGCUUUAUUGAGUGCAGAAUGGAUUCAUAGUGAUGCAAGGCGAACUGCCAUAGGAGUGGAUUUGGACCUUGAGGCACUAACGUGGUGCCUUGAAAACAACAUUAAAAAAGUUGGGUUUGAUGGGUAUUCAAGAAUCUUUCUCUACAAUGGAAAUGUCCUUCAACCUCACAAUGCCACCCUAGUCAAAUGUAGACUACCAGAUAGUAUCAACUCUAGUGAGACUUCUACAAAUGAAGUGGAUCCGAUAAAUGCCGACAAUAAUCCAGAUCCCAAAGAAAAAUGCCAGAAUCCAGCAAGGGAUAUUAUUUGUGCAUUUAACUAUAGUUGCUGUUGUCUUCAAAAGCGCGAGGACCUCGUCUUAUAUUUUAAGCAUGCGCUUAGUUCCUUGUCAAAGAAAGGCGGUAUAUUUGUUAUGGACUUGUAUGGGGGAACAUCGUCAGAGCGUCCACUAAGGAUUCAAAGGAGAUAUCCGAAUUUUACCUAUAUCUGGGAGCAAGAAGAGUUUGAUGCACUGAGUCGCACAACUAGGAUCAGCUUGCAUUUUAAUCUGGGCAAGAAGGGAACACUUAGACAUGCCUUCUCAUAUAAUUGGCGCCUGUGGAGCCUGCCAGAAAUUAAGGCUUGCUUGGAAGAGGCUGGGUUUCAACAUGUUCAUUUUUGGAUGAGACAGAUGUCAGAUACACAAGGAAGCAAAAACACUGAAUUCAACAGGGAUCAAGAAGCAAAAUAUGUUGAGGUCUCCUCUUUCAAACAAAGAGAUUCUUGGAAUGCCUACAUUGUUGCUGUGCCAUAAUGAACGCAAAACCAAAGAGCAUUAAGUGAAUUUUCUCAUUGCUUUUUAAGAGGAGUGUCAAUGGAGUGCCAAUUUUAUGGUCUUGGCUUUGAUAGCUUAUAUGCAAUCUUAAUUGUUUGCAAGUAGUUUGAAAACUGAUUCUCUCUCUCUCA